AUGGGUAGACGUUUUAAAUUUAUUAUUCCUAUAACAAUUGUUACAAUUUGUAUUUCAAUGUUAUACUUCACAACAUUAAAUACUGAUUAUUCUACAUUAACUACUUCUACAUUACCAUCUAUUGAUGGAACAUUUUCUUGUAAUACUUGGAAAAAUUUUUCUUAUAUUAAUAUUUCAAAAUAUGAAAAAUGUUUAAAACAAAAGCGUGAUGAUAGUUUUUGGUCUGUUGACAAAAUACGUCAUACAGCUUUUAAAAAUUUAUUAAAUUCAUCUUCACUUAUUAUUGAAAUAGGUGGAAAUACUGGACUUGAUACAUCUCAAUUUAUUACAUUAUAUAAUUCUUCGAUAAUUAGUUUUGAACCAUUAGUAACAAUGUCUGAAGCAUUGAAGGAAAAAUUUAAAACAAAUCCAAAAAUAGAAAUUCAACCAUAUGGACUUGGUAAUCGAGCAAGAAAUUUAUCAAUUGAACUAUUUGAUAGUAAUAAUAUGGGUACAAGUAUUUUUCGAAAAUUAUCUUCAAAAAAUUCAUCAAAAAUUCAACAAAUUCAAUUACUUGAUAUAGUUCAAGUUAUUGAAAAUAUUCGAAAAACAAAAACAAAAUAUGGAAUAAUUGAUAUGAUUAGUAUUAAUUGUGAAGGUUGUGAAUUUGAAAUUUUACCUGCUCUUAUUCUUAAUAAUCUAACACAAUAUUUUCGUAUUAUACAAUUUGCAUCACAUAUGGGAUUUUUAGCUGAAUCACCAUGUAUAUAUUGUCAAAUUGAACAAGCAUUAGAAAGAACUCAUCAAAUCAUAUAUCAUUAUACAAUGUUAUGGGAAGCUUGGGUCUUAAAAAGUAAAAUGGAAAAUAAUAUUUUAUCUUAA